CAAAUAAUAUUACUAUUAGUCUAUAAAUAGAAUCGAAGACGAUCUCUGAAUAAAUAUGUGAAAAUUUAUUAAUUCUAAGCUCGAUUUUUCGACGAAAACUGUUGAACAGAGAAAAUGACAGAUGAAUUGAAAAUUGAAAUAAUAUCGUCAGCAAAAAUGAGCAUGCCUUUGGUUUUGAGAAAAUUAUAAGUUGUGGUGAUGGUAUUUAACUCCUUGAAUAAUUCGUCGAAGACCCUACUAAAAACCAUUAGACAUCUCCAAAUUCGUUCAAUGUCUGCCCUACGAGAACCUAUCUACAAUUUUGCUUUCAUAGACCUAGAAACAACUGGACUUCCUUCACUAGAGAACAACAAAACAAAAAUUACAGAAUUGAGUAUUUCCAUUGUGGAGAGUAAUCAUCUUUCUUUAGGAACUUUUCCUAGGGUACUCAACAAAAUCAAUUUGUGCUUUAAUCCAUGCAAAUUCAUCUCACCAGAUUCAACUGAUAUAACUGGUUUAUCCAAUAAUUUAUUGGAAUAUCAGUCUACAUUUUCGUUGAAUGUUGUCAAAACCAUUGAUAAUUUCCUGAAUUUGCAUAAGAAACCUAUUUGUUUUGUGGCUCAUAAUGGUAACCUAUUUGAUUAUCCUAUAUUGAGAGCUGAAAUUAACAAAGUUGAGGGAACAUUUUUCGAAGAUAUUCUAUGCAUAGAUUCUCUGAAAUGCUUCAAAGAUUUGCAUGAAGAAUCAAGUAUUCCAACAGCAUCAUCAGCUGAUGAAGAUUGCAGAGUAAUUAGAGAAGAGGUUGAUGGUCCUAUUUCUAAGAAGGCAAAAACUGAAACAGAUAUUCCUAUAGAAUUCACUGAUGGCUUUGAUGAACUGUUAUGUAAGGCUAUUAAUGAAUAUGAAGAAUCUGUCAAAAUGCAAAACAUUCAAAAGAAAAAUGAAACAACACCUCAAAAGCAAAUAAAAUCAAGGAAAUAUUUACAGCUAGAUUCUAUUAGAAAGUACUCCACAUCUGGAAAACAAAGGAUAAGUUACAAAUUAGAGGAUAUUUAUAAACGAUUGACUUCAAACGAGCCUGAAAAUUCUCACCAUGCUGAAGGCGAUGUGAAGUGUCUGAUACAUUGUGCAGCUAAAUAUGGUGAUGUCUUUAUAAAAUGGGCUAAUGAUAAUGCCAAAUUAUUCAAGGAUAUUCCUCCUAUGAGGCCUGGUACAAAAAUUGGUUUUUAAAUAUUGACUUAUUUAUUAUUUUAUUCCAAAGGUUUUUAAUUUACAUACUCUAAAUUAUUGUUGUGUAAUUGGUUCACAAAAAUUCAUAUUUUAAAUAUUGAUUUAUAUAGUUUCAGUUUAUAUAAUUGGUACUUAAUUAUGGAAAGAAAAAAAGUGUAUCAAGCAAUUAAUAUUUUGGUACUGUUUUUAUGAAAAUGAUUGAUUCAUUUUGUAUAUUGGUAGAAUAAUGAUUUUAUACAGUAAUUUUCACUUUACCUGAUACCAAAAAAGAUUGCUUAAUAUUAACUUAUAAAUCAUUUUAUUCCAAAGGUUUUUAAUUUGUAUAAUCUAAAUUAUUGUUAUGUAAUUGGUUUACAAGAAUUUAUAUUUUAAAUAUUGAUUUAUAUAUCAUUUUAUAUAGUUUUAGUUUAUAUAAUUUUACUCAAUUAUGGAAAGAAAAAAAUCAUAUCCAUCCAUUAAUAUUUUGGUACUGUUUUUAUGAAAUUUAUCAAUUCAUUUUGUAUAUUGGUAAAAUAAUAAAAUUUGAAACAGAA